AUGUCUGUUGCAAAUAUUGAAAAGGAAUCAUGUGGAUUGACACCUAGAGAUGUAACUAAUAGUGGGUUGUUUAAAGAAGAACAUGACUUUAAAGAGGAAUUUUCAGUAUCUUCACUAUGUGUUGCAUGUGGGCAAUUAUGUUUAGGCCCAUCACUAAAAUGUACAAAGUGUAGUUUUGUUAUUCACAAAGGGUGUAAAGACACAUUUUAUUUAAAAUGUAGUGGAAAAGAAGAUCCGAUUGAUUUUCCAGAACCAACGUUUAGUAAAAAAAAUUUAAAGAAUGGACAACAUUCUUUUAGAAAAGUGGGAAGUACAUUUGCAUAUACAUGCUCUGUAUGUCAUGAAAGUCUUAUUUCUGAUAGAUUUAAAUGUUCGGUGUGUAAUAUGAAUGUUCAUAAAAAAUGUAUUAAGAAAAUAAAAACGCCUUGUCGUCCUAUAUCUUCACCUCAAGACGAAAAAGACAUCCACUGGUUUGUUCAAAUUACGAAAAAUCAUGUGGGAAAAAGUUGUGUGGUUUGUGGAGAAACAUGUACAUCAGCUCAUUUUAUUUGUGCGUGGUGUAAAUUGGCUGUAGAUGGUAAAUGUAUAGAAAAAUUACCAAGUACAUGUUUUUUGGGUAGAUUAAGAAAGUUUAUAUUACCGGCUCGGUUGGUAAUGGAAAAAGAUGAUUGGUAUGAAGCGCUUUAUGAAGAAGAGAAAGAGCCAAUGAUUUUCUUUAUUAAUAACAAAUCAGGAGGACAUUUUGGAUCAGAAAUAUUUAAACAUGCUAUUGGACUAUUUAACCCAGCUCAAGUUUAUAAUGUAUUAAAAGGGUAUGAACGGCCAUUUAAAUUUAUAAAGAAUUAUGGUAGUAAUUUUGUUGCAGUGAUUUGUGGAGGAGAUGGAACAGUUGGGUGGGUGAUGGAUGAAUUAAAAAAGGUUAAUUUGAAACCAAAAAUUUUUGUUAUUCCAUUAGGUACAGGAAAUGAUAUGUCUAUCUCAACAGGAUGGGGAGGAGGAUAUAAUGGAGAAGACAUUGGAACUAUUCUUCCUCAAGUAUAUGAUGCCUCAAUACAAGAUAUGGAUAGAUGGCAAGUAUGUGUUGAAGGACAAGAACGUCCUAUACAUAUUUUCAAUAAUUAUUUUUCAAUUGGACUUGAUGCAGCAAUAGCUCUUGUAUUUCACACUAAGAGAAAUGCUAAUCCAGAAAAGUUUACAUCAAGAUUUACGAAUAAGUUACAGUAUAUUAUGUGUUCAACCCCAAUGAUUGUUUCAGAUAAUAAAUUAUAUAAAUUAAUUCAUGUUAAAGUAGAUGGUAGGGUAAUUGAAUUACCAAAGAUUGAAGGAUUAGCCAUUAUUAAUCUUCCUACAUAUGGAGGUGGAAAUAAGUUUUGGCCUCCAGUAAGUGUUGCUGAGAUGGCAUUUAAAUUUCAUGACUUACAUUAUAAUGAUGGUGAAUUAGAAUUGGUAGGAUUCUCAAAUGCAAUUCACCUAGGGGCAUGUGUUAGUGGUACUGGAGCUGCUAAACCAAUACGAAUAGCACAAGGAAAAGUAAUAGAAAUAGUUAUUGAUGAAGAUAUUGCAUGUCAAUAUGAUGGAGAACCAUAUAUGCAAUCCAAAACAACUAUGACUAUAUCGUUAUAUGAAAAAGUAAGAUUUGUAGUGAAGAAUCUAUUUGAAGUGAAUUCUAUUUAA